AAUUUGUCGGCUGGUUCUGGAAGUUUCUUCCGGUCCUUCUCCUCCGUGCCGGUCUGUCAGAGGGACCCGGUCCUGCUGCGCUUCUGAGCGGCCCCGGUGCAGUCUGUUCCCGGCGCUGGGCUCCGGGAUGUUCGGGUGUCUGGUGGCGGGCCGCCUGGUCCAGACCGACGCGCUGCAGGUCGCUCCGGACAAGUUCCUGUUCAACCUGCCGGACUUCGACAACGUGAACCACGUGGUGGUGUUCAUGCUGGGCACCGUGCCGUUCCCCGCCGGGACGGGCGGCGCCGUGUACUUCUCCUUCCCGGAGCCGGGGGGCGGCGGCCCGGUGUGGCAGCUGCUCGGCUUCAUCACCAACGACAAGCCCAGCGCCAUCUUCAAGAUCUCGGGCCUGAAGCCCGGGGAGCGCGGCUCCGGACCGCAGCCCUUCGGCCCCGGAGCCGCCUGCUCCACGGCCCCCUCCCUGGCCCAGGUCGGGGUGUCGGUGGAGCCGCUGCAGCAGCUGGCGCAGGAGAUCCCGGUGUCCAGCGCCGCCGUGUCCUCCGUGGACUCCUUCCUCCAGUUCACCCAGAAGAUGCUGGACAGCCUCUUCAACUUCUGCUCCUCCUUCGCUGUGACCCAGGAGCAGAUGACUCCGAACCGAACCGAGACCUUCAUCCCGUCCAGCUGCGUCCUCCGGUGGUACGAGAACUACCAGAGAAGGAUGGCGCAGAACCCCAACUUCUGGAAGUCCUGAUGUCAGAACCUCUGGAAGUCCUGAUGUCUGGUCCCCAUCUUCUGGAAGUCCUGAUAUCUGGUCCCCAUCUUCUGGAAGUCCUGAUAUCUGGUCCCCAUCUUCUGAAAGUCCUGAUAUCUGGUCCCCAUCUUCUGGAAGUCCUGAUGUCUGGUCCCCAUCUUCUGGAAGUCCUGAUGUCUGGUCCCCAUCUUCUGGAAGUCUUGAUGUCUGGUCCCCAUCUUCUGGAAGUCCUGAUGUCAGAACCUCUGGAAGUCCUAAUGUCUGGUCCCCAUCUUCUGGAAGUCCUGAUGUCAGGACCCCAUCUUUUGGAAGUCCUGAUGUCUGGGGCCCAGAACCUGAACCCGUGGACAGAGGCCAGGAGCCUGGAGGCUCAGACCACAGACUGAUGUCCACUGAGCCGACAGAUUCUGAUCUUCAGCUCUCAUCUGUUACAGGAAACUGUCUCUAACCAUCAGAUCUAUAAACUGUGAUCAUGAGUUAUAUUCACCCACUUAUUCUUUAUAUUAUGUCAGAUUAUGAUAAUAAUCAAUAAAGGGAUUAUUGACAGAC